AACAACUCUCGGCGAACUUUUUCAGAUGUUAUUUUAUUACAGUACGAUGCGGUUGUUUAGCACAAUUCUUGCUGCAGUAUUUUUAGUUUUCUUUUUCCCCGAAUGCUCAUUAAGUAAUGUAACUGAUCAGCAAGAUGUGGAAACAACUCUAAAAAUACAAGAAACGGCUGUGCGUGGUCUAAUUACACGUACAAUCGGUGAAGAUGCUUCCAAAAGUUUCACAGUAAAAGUUGAUAAAACAAUGCCUCCUAGAAGUUUUCAAAUUACAAAACCAUCCCACUCAACAAUUAGCAUAAUUGGGUCAGAUGGCGUUUCGGUGGCGAAAGGUUUUCACCACUAUCUUAAGUAUUAUUUGCAUAAAUAUAUUGACUGGACCCAUACUCAAGUUGAAUUGCCGUUAUCUAUUCAGCUUCCAAAUGUGACAUUUUUUUCGAUAUCGGCAAGUGACUUCAUUUAUUACCAAAACGUUUGCACAUGGAGUUACAGUUUUGCGUGGUGGACCUUUUCUAAUUGGCGGCGUCACAUCGAUUGGAUGGCAAUGAUGGGUGUAACUUUGACUAUAGCACCUAUUCAGGAGUACAUUUGGUAUGACAUAUAUUCCAAUAUGGGUCUCACAAAAAAUGAAAUAGACGAUCAUUUUGCAGGGCCGGCUUUCCAAGCAUGGCAGCGCAUGGGGAAUAUUCGGGGCUGGGGCGGACCGAUACCGCAAUCAUAUAGACGUAUGCAAAAAGUACUGCAGCAACGUAUUCUGAAAGCACAACGUGACCUUGGUAUGCGCGUAGCUUUGCCGGCUUUCGCAGGACAUGUACCAGUUGCUAUGGCACGCUUAUUUCCCAACGCAACUUUUACACCUAUUGAACGCUGGAAUCGUUUCCCUAAUAAAUACUGCUGCGGCCUUUUUCUAGACCCAAGCGAACCGCUAUAUCAUCAAAUCGCAACUGAAUUUCUCAAUUUAACCAUUAAAAUCUACGGAAGUGACAACAUUUAUUUUUGUGAUCCGUUCAAUGAAAUACAGCCGCGGCUCGCAAACGCUGAAUACCUGAACGCCACUGCAUAUCAUAUUUACCAGUCAAUGAGUUUAGUAGAUGCAAGUGCUGUUUGGUUAUUGCAGGGAUGGAUGUUUGUUAAGAAUAUUUUUUGGACCGAUGAAUUGAUCAAAGCGUUUCUAUUAGCAGUGCCGCGUGGCAAAAUGCUAGUGCUAGAUCUUCAAAGUGAACAGUUCCCACAAUAUGAACGUACACAUUCUUUUCAUGGCCAACCAUUUAUUUGGUGCAUGCUGCACAAUUUCGGUGGGACUCUUGGAAUGCAUGGAUCAGUUGAUAUAGUGAAUACGAGAAUUCGUUUAGCACGCAACAUGGCUAAUAGCUCCAUGAUUGGUGUCGGCAUUACACCGGAGGGCAUUCAUCAAAACUACGCUAUGUACUCGCUGGCUUUGGAGCGCGGCUGGUUGCAGGAUGACAUCGAUUUGAAAUUAUGGUUUGAUAGUUAUGCUGAUGUGCGUUAUGGCGUAAGUGAUGCACGACUGCAUAAAGUUUGGCAAUUGCUCCGUUAUUCUGUUUAUUCCUAUGAAGGAUUGUUGAAAAUCCGAGGUAAAUAUUGCAUAGCGCGAAGGCCGUCCACGAAUCUCAGUCCAUGGAUUUGGUAUAAUGCUUCAAGUGUUUAUGAUGCUUGGGAGCAGUUACUACAUGUGGAAAGAAACACUACUGUUCCGCAAUACAACUUGCCGUUUUUCUUACAUGAUCUGGUCGACUUGACACGCCAAUUCUUACAAAUAACAUUCGAUCGACUUUACGUAAACCUAAUGGAUGCCUACAAAAACAAACAAUUUGACCGAUUCAUUAAUAUAUCUGAUAAGUUGUUGGAAAUCUUAAAUGAUCUCGAAAGAAUAUUAGCCACCAGUAUGGAUUUCUCGCUUGGUCAAUGGUUAGAAGCUGCCAAGAAUUUGGGACGCAGGCCAGUAGAGAAACAACUUUAUGAGAUGAAUGCGCGCAAUCAAAUCACUGCAUGGGGUCCUGAUGGACAAAUUUUGGAUUAUGCAACUAAACAGUGGUCUGGCGUUGUAACAGAUUAUUAUCUUCCGCGUUGGGCAUUAUUUUUGCAGAUGCUACAAACAAGUUUGAAGCAAAAUGAAAAGUUCAAUGAGGAAGCUUUUAAACGGACCGUUAGUCGGGAGAUCGAGAAUCCGUUCAGUAUCAGCUCUAAAGUCUAUCCUUUGGAGCCGGUUGGCGAUAGCAUUACUGUUUCUCAGCAAAUCUUCCACAAGUGGACUGCCUAUAUGAAAGAUACGCUUUUCAUUGACCAUAGUAGUGAUUCCGUAAGGGCAAUCCAAGCAAGCGUUUUCGUAGAACCACACAGCAAUUAAAACAAUGACUGUAUUCAAUGCUCGAUUAAUAAUUUUAAAGUACUCAA